AUGGAAGCAGAUCAAGAAGGAGUGGACGACAUGGUUGAGCUGGCGGAAAUUUCAGAAAAAGCCAUUGCUGCCAACUUGUAUGUUCGACUCAAGAAAGAAACAAUUUAUGUAAGUACCGUGACUUUAUUUAACGCCUAGCAAGUCGUGAUUCAACGUCAAUGACUGUGAUUAAACCAUUAUCCAGUCAUUACUAGGGGAUGUUUACAUAAUGGAAGAAAGAUCCUAGCACCAGGAAUAUCCUAGAAGGCGGAUCAUCCUAGCGUCACAUGUUUUCUGUAUUCAAUAUACAUGCAAAAAGAUGUACUUGUCCGUAGCGCUAAGAUCUUUCUAGCUGAGAGGUAGGAAGAUCCAAGUACAAGGAAGAUCUUUGCAACAUGUAAACUGCUUUCGCUAGGAAGAUCCUAGCACUAAGGACAAACCAAAAUCACAUGGAGGGCAGAUCGUUAAGUGGGUAAUCAUUAACCUUUAAUUCCCUCUCCACUGUUAACCACUAGGAACAAAAGUUCUACAUGUAAACCCAACGAAAAGUUGUUUCGCCCAAGGCCAGGAUCUUCCUCCCUCUAUGUAAACAGCCCCUUAAGUCAGCUUAAGUCCCAUUUACACUACAGAAAAAACCGGGUCCGGUCCCAUUAAAAAGUGGUCCGGACCAAUUUUUUUAACCGUUUACACGGGCAACAAUCAGGUUAGGCUUAUGAUUGAAAAGUGCAAUAGUCACAUGCGGGAAACCACCGUAAAGCACGGCAGGAUCUCAUAAAGGAGUUGGCACAGAACGAAGAUGCGUUUACACUGCGCUUUCGAACAGCAAAAGGGGUCCGGACUGGUUUUUUUUUUCGGUUUUGGCCGCCUGUGGCCCCAAGACCAAAGAAAAGCGAUUCCCGAUCCAUUCCAUGAAAACAUAGUAAGGAAGGUUUACACGGCAAAAAUAUCUGGUCCGUACCAACUUUUUUAUGGGUCCAGAUCCAUUAUUUUCUGUAGUGUAAAUGGAGGUUUAGCAGACAUAGGUCCAUUAAUACUGAAAGUCAAUCGGAUGUGCUCUUUUGACAGACUUACAUAGGCCGCGUGUUAAUAGCAGUGAAUCCCUUUAAAGUACUUCACAUUUAUGGCCCGGAUGCGGUAGAUUUCUACCGUGGUGGUGGGGAGACAGAUCAAGGAGACGAGAUAGAUGUCCCAGAUCAUGAUGACCGUGCUACCCGCUGUACAACAGCACAGUUGCCUCAAGAUAUACUGGAGAACAGAAGAAGAAGCCUUCAUGUUUCUAGUGAUACCAUGGGUCAAAGCGGACAGAGUAUGUUCAAGAAUUGCAAGGUGAAUACGUUAAAGUCCACUCUCUGUAAGGCAUGGGUCUUUUUCAUAUAUAGUUUGGACAAUAUUAGACAAUAUAGAUUUAGCAUAUUUCGUACGUUUCAUGUGGUGAAUAUUACGCGCUGUGAUUGGUCAUUGCCCAUGAUCUAUUAGAGUACACACGAAAAGGACGUCACAGGAAACUUGUUUUUUUUUCUUUUGUCCAGCAUGAUGGGCGGUUUUGAAUAAACGUGUUGCAAUAUAAUUUGAGUUUAAGUUUAAUGCCUGUUUGCCACCCGUACAAAAUUAAGAUCUAAAAAGGUAAAAGAUGGUGGGAAUUCAGCAGGGGAAAAUUGAAUUCUUAUUCAAGGGCUGCUCUCCUUUCAAAUUAAUUGAGUAAAAGCCCCGAAAAAAGUUUAAAGGAGCUGUUUACAAGUAACAAAAACCCAGAAACUGAGACAAAAAGAGUUCUCGACGACUUGAACGUUCUCAAAGUGACCAAUUCUUCUUUUAUGUUUCUAAAAAAAAUCUGAUUGAUAUGUAGGGUCCAAGGCCUCCUCACCUGUACGCGCUAACUAACACUAUGUACCAUAAUAUGAUGAUGGAACAUGAAAACCAAUGCGUUAUCAUCAGGUUAGUACCAAAUAAAUUAAUUAUGGUCUAAGAAGUGUUCAAUUACAUGAGAGAAACUCGAACGACGCAUAGUGGGUGUUGGAUCACAGACCUGAUUUAAAAAGGAACCCAAAUAGCGAUUGGGAACGAGUAGCGUGCAAUUUUAAAAUUCAAUUUAAAUUAAAUAUUUUGACCAUUUAGGUCCUGUUUACAUGGAGUUGGGGGACCCCAGGCCGGGUGAGGUAACCCGUUUAGGUGGGGAAACCCACCCAUCCAUGUCUCAUGUGGUAACCCCACCUAUCAGGUAAACGCGAUCAAAUUUAAUAUGGGAAAUUGUGUGGACAGGCGGGUUAAUCCAUCUAAGUGGGUUACCUCACCUACCUGGGGUCUCCCACCUCCAUGUAAACAGGCCCUUAGUUCAAAGAUGUCAUAACAGCUUCUUUUUAAAAGACCUACACCGGACUUACUUCUCAACUUGAUUAACUGGAGUAUUUUUAACUUACAAUGAUAUCCCACUUUCACUUUAUUUUUAUUUGUUUAUUUUUUCGUUUCGUGUUGUUUUGUUGUUGUACAGUUGUUGUUUCUUCUAUCGUCUUUAGCGGGGAGAGUGGGGCCGGUAAGACGGUUUCCGCCAAGCAUAUUAUGAACUUUAUAGCUAAAGCAUCAGGAAAGGGGUCGGAAAAAGUCGAGGUAAGAGAAAUUAGUUGAAUACUGUGGUAAAUACCACAAAAAACAGUUUAUGUCAAUUCUUAGACAACGUUAUGCAAUUCAGUUAAAUUGUAUGGGAUCAGGAACAUUUCUUUUAGCCCUUCUGUAUUCUCUCCUUUGUCAAUUUUUUUUGGAAACUUCGCAGAAUGGGAUUUUUAGAGCCAAGUUCCGUUAAACUAAUAGGAACUACUGACAAACUCUCUAGACAGAAAGUUGUUUACUCUUUUUUUAUAGUUUAACUAAUGUUUCUAAAGUCCACCCUUUACUAUACACGCUUGCUGCUUGUUAAAUCAUGUUGUUUAAUGUUAUUCCAGCAUAUCAAGGAUAUCAUUAUUCAGUCUAAUCCAUUAAUGGAAGCCUUUGGUAACGCCAAGACUAUGAGAAACAACAAUUCCAGCAGAUUUGUAAGUAACGAUCGACUGCUUUUCCCUCUAGAGCUGAUUUUAAUCAGUUGUUGAAACCAACAAAGUCGUUUUCUUUAGUUUUACCUUGCAACGAAUGUUUUAAGUACGCUACUUUGGGGGCCGUAUAGCACAUGCCAAUUUGGCGCUCACCAUGUGUUAAUCAGUGCGUACGGCUUGUUUCCAAUUUUGGCAGGGGUUCUAAAAAGCCACCUCGAGGGGCGAGCACGCCUUGCGACAAGACACACACAUCGGCAAUGUGUCUUCGAUAACUUCCAGAACACAUUAUAGGUUACCUGUUGAUUGAAACAAAAGACUGAAACAAGCUGUAUCGGACAAAAGCAAGGAACCAUUUCUACAAAAAUCAAAAAUUUGUCAAAUUGAGGUUUAAUGUUCAAUAAAUUGGAAUCUACUGGGAAUCCUAAUGUAAACAAAAAUGGGAUCACUAUGCGUUCCUGGGUAACUGAUCACCCACCCAUCCCCUAAAUCAACAUUUUGCCCUAAGUGAGAACUAAGUGUUAAUGUUGGUUUAGGGGAGGGGUGGGUAGUCAGUUACCCAGAUACGUAAAAUGAGCCCGAAAAUGUGCAGGUUAUCUGUAUUAUCUACUUACUUGCCUUUAAUCUCUUUUACCGAAAGGGAAAAUUUAUGGAGAUUCAGUUUAACUUUUCUGGCCACCCCGAUGGAGGAAAAAUUUCUAAUUUUCUCCUUGAAAAGGUAAGCUAGACAAACUAAAGACAGUCUUACGUGAGAAGGUAAAUAUUCAUCGAUGUAAUUCCUCCUUGGGCGUAGAAUGUUCUUGGGAGGUAAAUUUACAGUCCUACUCUUUCAAAUCGACGUCAAAUGUGCUCAUUCACUUCCCAGUUUUACUUAUAUGAUUAUUUAUAAAUCAGAUCGUAAAUGACAAAAACUUCAUUAACUGGUCUUUGAUUUUUACGUUUUUUCUAGUCUCGUGUGGUGCACCUGAAUAAGAAUGAACGUAAUUACCACGUGUUUUAUCAGCUGCUUUCUGGCUGCCCCAAAGAACAACACAGUAAGUAAACAUACCAUCAAUGUACCAUACCUUCAAUGUCUUUUACCCAUUACUUUAUACAUUUUGGACUGCUUUAGUUUAAAGUAGAAGAAAAUAAACUCGGAGGAUAAAUUCAAAUUUUCAAGAUCAAUCGGGACAAUUUCCAUGUAAAAGAAAAAACUCUUAUGGUGAGCUUUGUCGUCUAAUUUUUUUUCAUAUAUUUCAUAAGUUCUCCCUUGAGGGCAUUAGCCCGACAGGAUAAGGUCAGUCGGUAGAGCGCUGUAGAGCAAGAGUUCGUGGGUUCUGUUCCUCAGGCCGGACCAGUAUUCAGGGUCUUAAAAAAACUGAGAAAUGAAGUGCCACAUUUACCUUGCGCGUGCACAAGGAUACAUAAAAAUCGCGUCCCUUAAUUAUAUAUUUAGUGCUUAAUACAUUGGCAUUCAAAUAAAGUGCAUUUUUUUCUUAUUUUUCUUUGAUGUCAGACGAUUUUGGGUUUGAAUUUGCCAGACCUGAAUUUUAUUUCUAUCUAAAUCAAACUGGUGUCUACACAGUGGAUGGCACAAACGAUGCUGAGGACUACAAUUGUUUAAGGGUAAAAAUUAUCGUCAUUCGCAUAUUUAAAAUAUUACUUUGAUAUAAAACGCUUUUGCAAAUAAAUCAAUACAAGACGAUUUCGUCGAGGCAAAUACACUGUUUUCAUUCGAAACCACUCAACUAGGUCCGUCCACCGGGACCGGUCUUUUAUCCUCCUCGGAAAGAGAUGAGAGGAUGAUUGCAGGUUCAUUUCCUCGAGCAGCGGCUGAAAUCGAGCCUACGUUUAACCUUCCAUGCGAAAUAAAUAUGGUGCUUAAUGAAUGUAAGUUGCAACAUAUGUAGUACCCCCCUGUGAGCAACCCUUCAGUAACCCUCUGCGUCGUUCUGUAAGCUGGCCAACUCACCGGGUGUCUUGAGAUAAAUAACAUAAACACGAGGUUUGUUGACAGGUACCUUAAAAAUGCCUACUAUUGAUAGUAGUAUAGUAGGGACCGAAUUAAACUUUUUUGCGCUUGAAUUUUGCGCGCUUUUAUUUUGAAAACAUACUAGAUUCUACAUUAACCAAUCAGGGUUUAGAAGAUACUGGGCAAGCCCAAGCGGCUCAUUUGAUGAGAUACCACAGCAAUUAAAUAACGAGUUAAAGAUAAAAGGCUAUGACCUUAUCGAUCUAAAACCUGUUAAACCGGUUAAGGAACCUAAAAAUGGCACAUGACCUUAUCUUAAUGAGAUUCCAGCGCAUAAUAAUGAGAUUCCAGCGUGUGACGUCAUCGGUGUAAAUGUAUUCCUCUGCAUGUGAAUGCGAUUAUUCUACCAAAAAGGUGAAUUCGGCCCUUUUUAUACUACUUACUAUCUACUUACAGCAAGCGAUGAGCGUGGUUGGGUUUAACUCCACCACCCAGACAACGAUACUAAAGUUGGUUUCUGCCAUUCUACAUCUUGGUAACAUAAAUUUUAAAGAGGAGAACAACGUAGCUGUACCUGUCACCGACAACAGUAAGUACAAAUCGUUACCUAAAAGUUACAGAAGUCUCUUGAUGUCUAGCCUCAGAAAACAGCCGCCAUUUUACGCGACCAUCACUAAUUUCCCCGCGAAAUGUCGUCUAAGAAACGCGCGAAAUAAUUCCACACAAAUGAUAUAUCACUAUCCAAGUCUGGGUAGUGCUUUAGAUGGUUGAAGCAAAUUUCUCUGGCGACACAAACAAUCAGAAGUACAGGGUAGUGACAAGCCAUCAGUAUGGUCAUCAGGUCCUCAGGCGUCAUUUCGAGGGGAAAACCAGUGGGUUGCGUUGCGAAAUGUCGGCUGUUUUCCCAGGUUACUUAAUGUCAUCAAUUAACAAUAUUGUACACUUUCAGUGCUAACUGUUCCAGCGAGGCUUCUUAGUGUCGGUAAAGACCUUCUCAAGGAGAAAUUAAUCAGGUAAUGAUUGCUCAAUCUUUUCAUUUUACUAAGCGGGUUAAUCAUGAAAGGCUAUUUGUUGGCACAAUUGAGAAUUCAAGUACACAAAUGUUUAUAAUUGGAAUGGGUACUUAGCAGAAGACACCAUGCUGAAAACUGACAGACUGCCUUUUAAGGGAUCCCUUAUAUGGCACACAUUACUUCUAUAUUUAUUAACGAUCAAAUGAAAGAAACAGUGUUUUCUUUUUUUUAAGCUCGAUAAUGGAAGCUCGCUGGGGAGGUAAAGUAGAAGUAACAAAGAAAACUAACAACGCUGACCAGGUUCGUAGAUUCACUAGGGGCGCUUUCCAUUCAGCCCAAAAUUUUGGAAAUUUCCGUUAGAAAUCAAAUAGACCGGACCAUUCCGGUUUGGUCAGACAGGAAUAUUUGACCAGGAACAAAAUUGUUGUCCCUAGUACCGCUCUUUUGUAUCCUGCUUACAAGAACAAUAACCAAACGCGCGGUGGCUUGGGUCGGGUCUGUAACGUUCCAUUGGCCACGUGAAAUGUCCGAAAUUUCAGACCGGAAUUUUUGUUGAAUGGAAAGCACCCCGGUACUAAUCAUAAAAAAGAGUUCUUUCUGUUUGAUUAGCAAUCAUGGAGUAACAAAAUAUAAAGAAAAAUAGGAUGAUAUGUAAAACGACAGGCAUACAAACGGCAACAGCAUUGCCGAGACAGCCGUCAAAUGAGCUAUAUUUCGGAAAGUAACCAAUCCUGAUCCCCCCCUCCCCUCUGCCUCCGAUCUACCAUCUUUUUAUCUACCAUUAAUUUUUUGUUCCCCAGCCGUAACAGCAACGUUACAAAACUAAUCCAUAUCUCAUCUAAUACACGGCUUUAUUUCUUUUUUAAAAGGCUCUUCAGGCCCGUGAUGCGUUGGCAAAGGCUCUAUACUCACAGGUGUUUGAUUAUCUUGUACAGGUAGGGUAUGACUGCAAUCACUGUAGCAGUUUUUCUUCUUCACCUGUUUAAGAAAUUCACUAAGUUAAACUUCCCGUUUUUCUUUGCUUAAUUUAGUGAGAAAUAGAUACAUAUACUUCGGAGUCAUAAGUGAUAUUUUCCUAAAUAUUUUCUUCUUGCUUUGUCUUUUCCUCAUCUUUAUUUAUGCUUAUUUCAUUGAGACAUUAAAUUAUUCUUGUCAACAUUACAAAUUUUUAUUCUACAGGGCAUCAAUGAGGCAAUGCAGAAGGAAAAAGAAGAAAUGUCCAUAGGAGUUCUUGAUAUCUAUGGCUUUGAGAUUUUUGAGGUGCUUUUUUUAUCGAAAACUUAUUGUGAUUUCUUAAUAAUAACAUACGUUAUACAUUGCAAAACGUUAACUGAACAGUCUUGAUUAGAACGAAAAGAAAAAAAAAUCCUAAGUGUUUCCUCCUCUCGCCUCCUCCAACCCCUGAUAAAUGGACGCAAGGCGGAGAUAAAAGUUCACGUACCACUUGGUAUCACAUGUGGUUUCGUCUUUUCCAGUGGUUAUUAGCGCGCCCAGCAAUGUUGCAUGUAAGUCACGGGUUCGUUUCUGUGCUUAAAAUUUGUUGUCACAUCGAUAUAUUUUGAAUAUCCUACUUACCUAUCGGCAUUCUAGUUCCAAAACAAUAAUUACGUCCAUUUCUUUAGCUAAGUGUACUGUCUUUAGCUGUUAUAAGUCUUCUCUAGCUCAGUACUGAAGCAUCUGAACUAAACAGAAGGCCUUUAACAAGAUGACGUCAUUUUACUUCUUCCAUCAGAAUCCUUCAGACUUUCUGAGAAGACUAAAAUUCAUGUUGGAAUGUCUGACGCACGCGCGCUAACACUUUUAAUGCAUGUUCUCUUUGUUUCAGCAUAAUCAGUUUGAACAAUUUGCCAUUAACUUUGUCAAUGAAAAGUUGCAGCAAAUUUUUAUUGAACUCACGUUGAAAAUGGAACAGGUGCGUUAACAAUAAUGAACUUUUUAUGGAUUUUGAGUCUAACCUGGAAAGUAGAAUUAUAGACUACAAUACUGAAAAGAAGUUAAUCAGAUUCGAUUAAAUCAAACUUAUAAGUAACAAAAAAGUAUUAAACCAGCAAAAAAAAUUUUUAUUAUCGUGAAGUAGAGCUAGAGUCUGUGUCUGAUAACCAGUGAAACCGAGAAACAAUAAUACAGCAAAUACGAGGGGACAUAUCAAUUUGUUAUGGCAAGAUCAUUGUGUAUUAUACUUUUGUAGUUUCUUCUAGUUGCAGAUUAGUGCAAUCACCGAAUCACCUGAUAUAAAACAUUGAAAGGACACCCAACAAUACCCACACCACAAACAAUGGCUAAUCAAUAAUGGUCAAUGGCUAAUCAAUAAUGAUUUCAGCAACACUAAGAAACACGCCCCUUUUUUAAAGUGACCAACUUCCAUUGAAAUAUCUCGUAGGAAGAGUAUGUACAGGAAGGAAUUACGUGGCAAGAAGUCAAAUAUUUUAACAACAAGACGGUUUGCGAGCUUAUUGAGAGUAAGGUAUCAGUAUUUUUUCAGCAUAAUACAUUCAAACGUGGGUUUCUCAAGAAGACCAAGGUCUCUUCUCCGACGAUGAAGGGGAAGUUUAGUAAAAUCAUUUGAAAUAACGAUAAUAAUAAUAAUAAUAAUGAUGAUGAUGAUGAUGAUGAUGAUGAUGAUGAUGAUGAUGAUGAUGAUGAUGAUGAUGAUGAUGAUGAUGAUGAUAAUGAUAGCAACAAAAAUUAUUUCUAAAGUAGCUUAUUUGUGUUCUUCAUGAAAUACUCCUUGGUCCUCUAUAUUUUUAUAACUUGGCACAAAGAAAGUUUCUAUUUACGCCCUACGAUAAGUCAAACGAACAAUUUUUGAUUAUAAUGAUUGACGGAACUGUUAACGUGACAUAAAGAAUUUCGUUUGUUUUUGAACCUAAUCUUCAGGGGCACCCAACGAGAAUGUAGUUCAAAACCACUUAAACAUAGCAUUGUUAAACGUAUUUUAGUAUUUAAACGGUGGAUAUGGGCAUAUUUUUAUCCCCUAUAAAUUUUUCAUCUGUUCGGAUUUCCUAGCUGAAAGUCUAGUGAUCCGAAAAUUAUACGGAUCAAAACUUACCUGUUCGAAAAUUUCAGCCAGAAAAAAGGCUCCCGAAAAUUUUAGGUGACCUUUUUAGGGUAAAAAUCCGUUGAAAAUGGGCAAUUUUACCAUUUCUUAGAUGUUCGAAAAGAAUAGGAUAGGCAGGCAAGCAAGAAAUUUUACAACAAAUGUUCCGAAAAUUCUAGAUCUCAAAUCGUCUUCCGAACGCAUAUUUUUCCGAAAAUUGUCGUUGGGUGCCCCUGAAUCUUGUCAAGUGAUUGAGCUAAUUGUUUUGUGACGUGAUUUAAACUGUAAUCACUCGGUCUUCAGAGACGUUUUGGCACUUGAUUCACAAUCAAAUCACAUGACAAAACGUCUUACUCCGUCACUUGAUAAAGUAUAUAGUUGUAGGUUUUAGGUAUUAAAGAUUAUAAAUUUAAAAAUCACGAAAUAGAUUAGUACCAGUAUUUUUGAAAGUGUCCCCAAUUAGCUACCUGUUAAGCUAAAUACAUUGACACUAAAAUAAAGUUAUUAUUAUUGUUAUUGUUAUUGNACCACUUAAACAUAGCAUUGUUAAACGUAUUUUAGUAUUUAAACGGUGGAUAUGGGCAUAUUUUUAUCCCCUAUAAAUUUUUCAUCUGUUCGGAUUUCCUAGCUGAAAGUCUAGUGAUCCGAAAAUUAUACGGAUCAAAACUUACCUGUUCGAAAAUUUCAGCCAGAAAAAAGGCUCCCGAAAAUUUUAGGUGACCUUUUUAGGGUAAAAAUCCGUUGAAAAUGGGCAAUUUUACCAUUUCUUAGAUGUUCGAAAAGAAUAGGAUAGGCAGGCAAGCAAGAAAUUUUACAACAAAUGUUCCGAAAAUUCUAGAUCUCAAAUCGUCUUCCGAACGCAUAUUUUUCCGAAAAUUGUCGUUGGGUGCCCCUGAAUCUUGUCAAGUGAUUGAGCUAAUUGUUUUGUGACGUGAUUUAAACUGUAAUCACUCGGUCUUCAGAGACGUUUUGGCACUUGAUUCACAAUCAAAUCACAUGACAAAACGUCUUACUCCGUCACUUGAUAAAGUAUAUAGUUGUAGGUUUUAGGUAUUAAAGAUUAUAAAUUUAAAAAUCACGAAAUAGAUUAGUACCAGUAUUUUUGAAAGUGUCCCCAAUUAGCUACCUGUUAAGCUAAAUACAUUGACACUAAAAUAAAGUUAUUAUUAUUGUUAUUGUUAUUGUUAUUAUUAUUAUUAUUAUUAUUAUUAUUAUUAAUAUUAUUAGUACGGAAUCGAAAUUUUUUGUGUGCCAACACGUUUCUAUGCUGGGAAUAUGAAAGCUUGUUCACUCUAAAUAGCAGUGGGUGACAUAUUUAUUUUGAUAUUUUUUCAUGUCUUUGUUCAGCGUCCCCCUGGUAUUAUGUGCACUCUUGAUGAUGUCUGCAGCACCAUGCAUGCAGUGUCUGAAGGCUCAGAAAAAACUCUGAUGGAGGUAUAUAAUAAAUUCUAACAGAUUAACUUCCUUGUGGAAAAAUCAUUUUAGGAUGUUAUAUAUUAUAUUCGAGUAUUUGAAUAGCUCUGUCACCUCUCCGCAGAACAAAUCAUUGAAGUGUCCCAUCUUUGUCAGUUGCUCAAAGGAUGACAGAAGCGUCGUUUUUCAACGCUUAAUAUAUUCUUGAUAAAAAAAACAAAAACAACAAAAACAGUCAUACUUACUGUUUCAAAUGCAUACAUCAAAUCUGUAACCAUACAAAAAACAACAGCAAUAGCGAACAAACCUGCAACUGCCGUCCAAUACUCUGCACUCAAUUGAAUCACUGAAUACUAUAAGAUCGUUUGAAUGUUCGAAGGAGGUAUUCAUGCAUCCACGCCAUACUUUUUCGCCUGUUAAUGGCUGUCUCAUUUCAUUGUGGAUAUUUUUCUAAUUGUGUUGAUUCUUUUUACUUUAUCAGAAACUCCGAGCGGUUGUGGCUUCCAAUAAAGAUUUCUCUCGUUACUUUAGGGCGCAGUCGAACUACUUUACCAUCACACACUACGCGGGAAAUGUAAGUGACGCGUAACUCGUGAAUUUCUCAUACUAGGAAGCAAAUAGUCUGCUACACAGCUGUUUUUAGAGUCGUCACGCAACGCUCCUCCCCUUUGUGGGGAGGAGCGUUGCGUGACGACACUAAAAACGGCUGUGUAGCAGACUAGGAAGCAAACGAAUAAACCAAAACAGGCUCAACAUACGUAUUAAACAUACACUGCUUCAAACAAUUCCUCAGAAACUUCGCCUCAUGCUAGUUUCGUAAUUUUUCUUUAGGUGGAUUACGAGGCCAAAGGCUUCUGCGAGAAGAACAAAGACGUGCUAUCAAAUGAUAUGAUUGCUUUGAUGCAGUCUAGUGAAGAGUAAGGCCUUUAGCUUUGAUUCACUGAAUAUUUCUUAAAGCUUACUUAUUUAUCUAGUAUGGAAACACGUAAUGUUGAUUUUACGAACCUCGUUUUAAGUACGUAACAGUGCAGUGUCCAUUUUCCUCACCAAGAACUUUUACACCUUAUUCUCCCAUGGACGACUACAUGCUGCAUUUUGAUCCUUUUUGAUCAAGCCAAUUAGCCACGGUUUAACACACAUUACAUGUAAGACACGACAAGUUUACCUCUGAAAAUUUAUUUAUCUUUGCCCAUGGUCACGUGACCUAUUACUCCAUGCUGAAGUCCCUUGAUGUGACGCUUACAUCUUCACAUAUCAGUUCAAAAAUUAAUCCUAGUACUCUAAAUACACGGAACCGUUUCUUUGCUGUCUGUUUGUUUUUAAUUCCAGCGCUUUCGUUCGUGGUCUUUUUCCUGCUGCUCCGAGCAAUGAGAGUACAGGGCGCCGUGCCAAGUCCAAUACCGCUGGAGCCAAAAUUAAGGUAUUUCCUGUUAGUUCCUUAUCAAUAGUUCAAGACUUAAGUCUCUAAUACAUCAGUACUUAGUACUUAAGAAGUAGACGUAUAGUGUCUUUUACACCAAUAGACCUUUUUCACAUGACGUCACAUCCGUCAUGUUUGUGUCCUAAAACAACGAAACGGCGGCCAUAUUGGUGUCCCAAACUAAUCCUGUGGGAGUGGAACUCCUUUCUUAUGCAAAGGCAUUUCUUUUAUCCCAAUGAAUUUGCAUCAUUACUGACUACGUGAUUGGCCUUUCUCAUGACGUUUAUCGUCCGCCGUAUCAGUUGUUGUCCCAAAACAGUAAGUCGACGGCCAUCUUGUUGUUCUAAGGUAGUCCUGUGAGAUUUUUUUUUUCUUAUGUUUAACUCCUUCUUUUAUCCCAAUAAUUUGGACAAUUUAAUUCUACCCACUUGAGUGACGACGCUCCAUACUUUCCAUAGUUUCCAAGUUCUCUUAUAGUAUUUUUGUUAACACUGUUGAGCCAGGCCUUUAGCACAUUAUUUGUUAAUCUAUGUCAACACCUUUUUGUGUCAUUUAGUCCCAAGCCGCCGCCCUGAUUGACAAGAUAAUGACCUGCACCCCUCAUUAUGUCCGUUGCAUCAAACCAAGUGAAUCCAAGCAGCCACUAGACUGGGACGACCAGAGGUAAAUAUGGAGCGGAGAAGUGUAACGUCACGUUACCAUGGUAGCAAAAUUUCUGGAUCUCCACAAUCUUUCUUGAAAGAGAAGGGCAUUUGCCUAGGCGAAAGAUGGAAGAAUAGUAUGGAAUACCGUUUUUUUCUUGAGUGCAGUCAAGCACAGGAAAGUCAUACAUUUCAAAGCAUCCGUUUUUCCGCCAUAUUUGCAGCUCCGCGGUUUGUUGAGAUCCAGAAAUUUUGCUACUAUGGCAACGUGAUGUAACGACUUCUCCUCUCUACUGUUAGAGAGCUUAUGCAAAGGCGUUUUUGAGCGACUCACGUCAACCGGAAGUGUAUUCGUUUUCAUUUUAAAUUACAUUGAUGCUACCAAAUUUUUAUUUCUAAGUGUCUUCACUAUUAUAGAGACGAUUUGUCCACAAAUUGAGGAAAACCACCCGUCCAAAAAUGAAAAAAAACAAAAAAAAAGACUACUAACGGUUGACGUGCGUCGCUCAAAAACGUCUUUGCUUAAACUCCAUUUUAGUUGAACAAAAAAUUCAGGGAACAUAAUGUCCUCAAGAAUUGUCUCCCCUCAACUUCUUUAACCUUAAUGCUGACUGAGAAUCAGGAAAAUAGAUGAUAGAAAUAAUUUAACACCUUGGAAUAAUCACAAAAAUAAUCCAUUUGCCGGUGGAAAAAUAAGGAGUAAAAAAAAUAUUUUAUAAAGGUUUUUGCCGUGAAGAAGUAUCCACGUUGCAUUCUGUAAAUAUAAUUGAGUGCAUAGCUACUAAGGUUUUGCUGUUAUGUUUUGAGCAGAUUUUCACUAGUCUUUUUUAUGUGGUUACUUUAAAUUCAAUAAGAUUAGAUUGCUUUCACAUGACGUCACUUUCUCCAUGUUGUUGUCCCAAAACAAUUAAAAGGCGGCCAUGUUGGUUAUUCAAGCCAAUCCGUUGGGAAUUAAAUUCUUUUCUUAUGUAAAAACUUUCCUUUAAUUCCAAGAGAUUUGCAUUGCUGCUGGCCACGUGAGUGAGUGUCGUGAUACAACUCACUUCGACUCUGAAGAUGACUACCGCACAGGUUGUCGAAACGUCCGAAACUGUCAACAACAACGGUCCCCUUCAGGACUACGUUCACCCGGACGAUCAUACUGAACAUACUUUGAAGGCUCUAUUUAUUAUGUUUUUUCUAACUUCUUGCAGAGUGUUGCAUCAAAUUAAUUACCUGGGUUUGAAGGAGAACAUCCGUGUUAGACGAGCUGGGUUUGCAUUUCGUCGCCAGUUCCAGCAAAUCAUUUAUAGGUUAGUAGUACUUUGUCAAAUACCGCCCCCCUACUCCGCGAGAAAACUGUUAACUCCACCCUGGCGUCAAAACGGUAGCACAGAGAAUAUUCUAUUCUCCCUCGAGUGAAAUUGCGUAUUUACAUGUCAGGUAAUUCAUACUAGUGUUGCGUCUUAAUUACUAUUCGGGUAGCUGAGAUAUUCAAGGCUUAUAGCGAGCUUUAAGAAUUUUUUCUUUCUUUUAUGGUAUGUUUUGCAGGUAUGGUAUAAUCUCUCCUCAUGUUCACAAGGGCUGGGAUGGUGACCCGGCUGAAGGAUGUCGCAUUAUAAUGAAUGAUGCUGGAAUUGAUUCUUCAAAAUGGCAGGCAGGAAAGUCAAAGUUGUUUCUUAAGGAACCAAGCACGGUAAUGUAAUCAUUAAUGUUUAGAAAAAACGUGAUAGUUUGAAUUACCAGUCUCUCCGAGGGACCCACACCGCUAUAUUACAAUUUUAUGGCAAAGGAAGGUGCCGAGUAAUGUAGAUUAAUAGAAAUUCGUCUAAAAAUUCACAGCUUUUAUAAGGAAACCAAAGUCUAGUUUAAGCUUGGUCAUUAUCGCUCUACUGCUUAUGGAUCGAGGUUCGUGGUUACUUUUUGGCAAAUCUUGAUUCUCCGACAUGUAUAGGGAACCUAGUAGGCUUCUGAAAGCUACUCACUAUUAUUUAAGAGUAUCGAUAAGUGAGGGACUGGAUUUAAGACGCAAUUAUAGCUAACUUUUGAGAUGCUCCCCUCCCCCCCGUUUUUAGAGGAUUUAUUGCAAGGAAGGUCUAGGUGUGUUUGUUUGUUCUCCGUCUUAAGGCCAUAUGGAAUGCGAUAUAUAUAACUGUCAAGCUCAAUUAACUUUCUAUUGUUUUCUAACUGGCUAUUACUGUACUUAAAUUUUGACAGCUAAACGAGCUUGAAGACGUCAAAAACAGGAUUUUGGAAAAGUAUUGCAUUACAAUUCAGGGAACUUACCGAACGUACAGAUUACGGAAAAGAUUUCAGAAUAUACGGAAAGGUCUGUAUAUGUUUUAUUGCUGAGGUUAAGUUGCACACAAGAUCACGCUUUUUAAGAUAAACACCUGGGGGUGGGGGAGGGAAGGCCGGGAAAGGAGGGCACUCUUGUUUGAAGUUGACAAGGAUGCUCUUCGUUUCGCUGAGAGGGAUAAAAAUCACCCUGGGAUGUUCAGAAUGGGAAGCCAAUGUUUUUACCCUAGGGGCUGUUUGGAGAGAGUUAAGAGCCGUAUUGAUGAGUGGGGGAUGAUCCCCUGAGCAACGCAAGCUCAGCAAAGUCUCCCGCGAUCCUUUGGUCAUGUUUAUUGGCCUACCUUUUGCUACAAGAUCGUCUCCUCCAAGAGUUCAUGUUUUGGCUCAAAAUUAAAGGUCUUUUUCCUGCUGCUCCGAGCAAUGAGAGUACAGGGCGCCGUGCCAAGUCCAAUACCGCUGGAGCCAAAAUUAAGGUAUUUCCUGUUAGUUCCUUAUCAAUAGUUCAAGACUUAAGUCUCUAAUACAUCAGUACUUAGUACUUAAGAAGUAGACGUAUAGUGUCUUUUACACCAAUAGACCUUUUUCACAUGACGUCACAUCCGUCAUGUUUGUGUCCUAAAACAACGAAACGGCGGCCAUAUUGGUGUCCCAAACUAAUCCUGUGGGAGUGGAACUCCUUUCUUAUGCAAAGGCAUUUCUUUUAUCCCAAUGAAUUUGCAUCAUUACUGACUACGUGAUUGGCCUUUCUCAUGACGUUUAUCGUCCGCCGUAUCAGUUGUUGUCCCAAAACAGUAAGUCGACGGCCAUCUUGUUGUUCUAAGGUAGUCCUGUGAGAUUUUUUUUUUCUUAUGUUUAACUCCUUCUUUUAUCCCAAUAAUUUGGACAAUUUAAUUCUACCCACUUGAGUGACGACGCUCCAUACUUUCCAUAGUUUCCAAGUUCUCUUAUAGUAUUUUUGUUAACACUGUUGAGCCAGGCCUUUAGCACAUUAUUUGUUAAUCUAUGUCAACACCUUUUUGUGUCAUUUAGUCCCAAGCCGCCGCCCUGAUUGACAAGAUAAUGACCUGCACCCCUCAUUAUGUCCGUUGCAUCAAACCAAGUGAAUCCAAGCAGCCACUAGACUGGGACGACCAGAGGUAAAUAUGGAGCGGAGAAGUGUAACGUCACGUUACCAUGGUAGCAAAAUUUCUGGAUCUCCACAAUCUUUCUUGAAAGAGAAGGGCAUUUGCCUAGGCGAAAGAUGGAAGAAUAGUAUGGAAUACCGUUUUUUUCUUGAGUGCAGUCAAGCACAGGAAAGUCAUACAUUUCAAAGCAUCCGUUUUUCCGCCAUAUUUGCAGCUCCGCGGUUUGUUGAGAUCCAGAAAUUUUGCUACUAUGGCAACGUGAUGUAACGACUUCUCCUCUCUACUGUUAGAGAGCUUAUGCAAAGGCGUUUUUGAGCGACUCACGUCAACCGGAAGUGUAUUCGUUUUCAUUUUAAAUUACAUUGAUGCUACCAAAUUUUUAUUUCUAAGUGUCUUCACUAUUAUAGAGACGAUUUGUCCACAAAUUGAGGAAAACCACCCGUCCAAAAAUGAAAAAAAACAAAAAAAAAGACUACUAACGGUUGACGUGCGUCGCUCAAAAACGUCUUUGCUUAAACUCCAUUUUAGUUGAACAAAAAAUUCAGGGAACAUAAUGUCCUCAAGAAUUGUCUCCCCUCAACUUCUUUAACCUAAAACUAAAUUCGUCCUUUGAAAAAUGGACCUGAGCUUGCGAUCAAUUGAAAACCAGGAGCCCGUUGUUGAAAACCAUUAACUGGUCAGCGCAGAACUUAAAAAGAAAGUCACGUCAAUAGCUUGUAAACCUGAGCCCGCGAUACAACCAUAUGACACUGGUUUGCGGAUACACCUUUUUGACAGCUGUCAAUUGACUAUAACUUGGAUGUCCUGAAUAUCAAGUUUAACAAUAAUUGUUAAUACCUCGGUCUCCAAGCUAGUAAGUGUGACACCUCACAUCUGCUAACAUAAGUGGUGGAUGUACGUACGUGCGAUUUGUCACAACUACAACUUUCUGGGAUGCAUAUGUAACCAAAUUUUAUUAGCGUGGUGAUGCACUACUGCGUGCAGAAAAGCUCCGCUAUACGUACGCCAUCUGUAAAUAUACUGGAAAAACACUGAUCUAUCGAAUUGAAUAUGCUUUUUUUAAAUAUUUUAGGUGUCGAUGUCCUAGGGGAUAGAAAAAGAAGACGAGCCUCGUGGGACAUGGGUUUCAAAGGAGAUUACAUGGACUUCCAGAACAAUAAGCCCUUACAGAACGUAAUAAGUAAGGCUUACGUUUAUGUUAUUCAAACUAUACACGAAAUAAUUAAAUUACGCACAACAACACCCCAAUUCCUUCAUUAUAGAUUUAAUGAAAGUCGGAAUAAUGAAACUUUUGGGAGGGAGAGAUUCCAUCCCUUGAGCGCAGAAGUCCAAAAAGCAAAUAUAGAUUACGUGAUAAGCUGAGUGAGGUAAGCCCUUCCAGAGAAGAGUGGAUAGAAUCAAACAGGUAUCGGGAUAAUGUUCAUCUGCUUAUAACAUUCAUUAGAGUUUCUCGUAUCAUCCCCACUACAAACAUAAUAGGCGAUGCCAGUUUAAUUAUAUCUAGUUAACCUCCACUGCUAUCAUGAGUUACUUAACAGUGCCUUUCUUUUUCACGUAGCGGAUAAAAGGGUGGAGUUUGCGGCUGAAGUAAGGAAAUACUCUCGCGAUGGAAAGGUAUCAUAUUCACACUUGUCGAGUCUUGUCGGGGAAAAAAAACAAGAUCAGCGGUUUAACCUUUCUUUUUUUCUGUCAUAGGAGCAAUUUCGGGUUUUAGUGUUGACGGGGAUGUGGCUGUACAUCAUUGGUGAAGUAAGUUGAACUUACCCCAGAGAGUAUUAACUAACAUCACUACUACAAUCACCAUUGCCAUUAUCGUUAUUAUCGAUAACUUUUGUUUUACUCCUUCUCAGUUGUCAUUAUUAUUAUUAAUAUUAUAUUUAUUUUUUAAAAGCAAUCAAAGGUAUAAUAAGCUCAUUUUUUCGUUUGACUUUUCACAGCUGAAAAGUACUCAGAAAUUAGGAGACGUGGCUUACAAGGUUAAGCGAAAGCUGCACAUGGCCGAUAUAAACUCUGUCACAGUGAGGUAAGGAAAAACGCAGUGCUUAACAUGAUAAAUGUAAUUAACGAAAGAACAGUAAUAAUCAGUAAAUCAAUGAAUUGAUUAAUCAUAAUGGUGAAUUGAGAAAAUUUUAAUCGAUUGCAUAUAUCUUUUGAAUUCAUCCACAAAAUUACAGACGACCUAGGGGGAAGAUAAACCUUUUAAAAUGCUCUUUCAAGGCCUGCGACAAUGAAUUAAUUUACUUGUAUUUUCAAUAUUUCAGUCCUCACGAUGACUCCUUCUUUGUGCUUCAUGCGAAGGACUAUGACAAUCUAUUUGAUUGUCCAAUGUUGCCCGAGGCUCUAAACAGAUUAGCUGUAGUAUAUAAGCUGGAAAACGACUGUGAGCUACAUCUGAAUGUAGCUGAAAGGUAAGGUCUUCUUUUUCUUAAAGAUUCAUGUAUCUUUGAUAAAAAGUUUAAAAGGCUAGUACGUAAUAAGAUUUCAACCUUUCCUGGCUCUGCACUCCCCCUGAACAGAGAAAAAAACAAAGAUUCACUUAUGAAUUUUUCAAAAAAUAUGCAACCUUCUGCGGUCAUCCACGAUAUUGUUACAGACAAGGCGAACAAUUUUUUUUAAGAAAUUUCAGAUAAACCACUGAACUGUUAUUUGAUAAAGUCACUCAAAGCAACUACAAACAAAAUCCUUCAAGAAAUUUCAGUUUGAUUUUUAAGAGUGGAAAUCUUGCAGUUUCAUAAAGGUUAAUUGUUGGAAGUGGAAAGGAUAGGGUAUCAGUUAAAAUUCAUCAAAGAGAUGAGAUUCUAGAGUUAACACAGCUGACUGAAAAUCUUAUUUCAUUCAUUGUUUUUAGCGUGGACUGUCAUAUUAAAGGAGGAGGUGUCCGGCAUAUUCAUUUUUUAGAAAAAGGGACCUCUAGAUUAAAAACCUCACCUUCAAAGAAGACAUUUACUAUUGCAGCAUCUAUAGGUAAGUUAGAAACAAAGUAUACGUGAAAUAAUCUGGACUGUGCCUGUCGUUAUCUGAUUAGCCUCCUCUGUCAUCUUUUGACAGGGUUUAAAAUGUGAACAUGGGAAAAAAUUUUAAAAGGCUAUGAAAGCACAUAGUAAUAAACCUAUUCGCCUAGAAUUAGUGUGGAGGGACAAUUUGUCACUCUGUAAGAAGAAAUCUUGUGAUCUUACUAUCCAGAUGAAACCUUUAUGGCAGAGCGGUUGCAUGCAUGGCAUUAUAAAUUCUUAGGAUUUUACAAAAAAGAAAAUGUAAUCUGGAACUUUUUUGUUUAGUGGAUCACCCGCCCGAAGAAGAUAUCCAUGUCCCAGGUAUAACUGAGGAAAGGCGGGUGAGUAUUGAACUAUUUGUAGACAAAGUGGCGCGAAAAUUUAGCCGCUCCUAUAGCGUCCAAGUCCCAGACCCAAGAAACUUUACUGCCGUAGCCAAAGCCAUAUUUGGGCCGUCUGGUGGUGGUAUUCAAUGUAAAGGAGUGUUUGUAGACCUUCCAGAGGGAUCUCUAACCUCCCAUACCAAGGAGGUCUGUAUUCAGCUAUGCAAAAACAAGACAGAAGUUGUGCCGCUCAGUGAACACGAAACUGUCAUCAGUCGGGUUGUGGAACUCAGCCCUCGUGACAAACCUCUGCAAAAUCACGCAGCUCUUUGCUUGCCAUUGGAUGAUGUAUCAUGGGAUGGCUUUGAGAGAUUUCUCCGUUGGACUCCAACUCAAUCUGGAGAGAAAGCCAACUGGAGAGAUGUGCGUGUCUCGGACACAAUACAGGGCAAGGAUGAAGACCAAACGUUUGUUGAAUUGAGACAAAAGAAAGCCAAGGUAAACACCAAAGUGUUUGGUAUAUUCUGUAUUGUCUCAAGUGACCUGAAUCAGAACCUUGAACAUCCUCGGAAAGAAUCAAACACCAGCGAUGCUAUUAAAGCUUACAAGGAAAGCAACAAUACAAGUUUACUCCAACGAUUUCAAAGUACACACACUGGCAAAGCUGAUGCCCAUGGAUCAACGGUUCAAAAUAACUUAACUUCUUCAAGUUCUCAUCACAAGUCUGGAUGGUCCUUUUUAAAGCGCAUGAGCAUCAUGAAAAGCACGUCCAAAACAACAAGCAGCAAGAGUAAGGAUAAUAACACAAGGCAAUCAAUUUUUAAAGCAAAAUCCCGUUAUUAUGAUGCUGAAAAUAAUUUUAAGCCAUCCCAGGCCACCGAGUUACCAUCGCCUCCUACUGCCCCAACAACAGAAUGUCCAUCGUCACUUCCCCCUGUCCAGUCAACAAUAUGUCCACCAGUGCCUUCCGCAGUCCCAGCAACUUCUUCUUCAUUGCCCCCUCCCCAUGUCCCUGCAUCAAGCCCUGCGUCUGAAGGACCUCCACCCCCUCCACCUCCUCCUCCUCCAUCCUUACAGCCGCCUGAAUCAUCAGCUGCUCCUUCUUCUGGUACAGACAACUCUUUUGCCGCCAUGCUGCAAGCACGCAAGGCAAACAUUCUCGGCUAA